GUGCUGGUAGUAAUAGCGGUGGUGGUGUUGGUGGUGGUUGUGGUGGCGGCCGUUUAUUGAAUAGUGCAUUAAAAACACGUGGAUCAACAAUAUCAUUGAUGACAAAUCAUCGUUCAUCAUAUAUAGGUGAAGAAGAACAUUAUCAUUUACAGCAACAUUAUUUUGCAACAACUGGCCGUAAAGAUACAAUAAUAAGUAUUGGAAAAAAUUUUCAAAUACAAUUUAAAAGCCCUUCAACACAUUGCCUUUCAUGGCGUUAUCGUACUGGUUUAGAAAAAUUUCUUAUAUUUCUAUUAUUUGCAUCGAUUAUAAUAUUACUAGCUUAUAUUUACAUUCCUUAUUUAUAUGGUAAUUCUAAUGAAAUACAGGUCUGUACAUCGAUGGAAUGUGUGAAAACAUCCGCAUCAUUAUUGAGUGCAAUGGAUCUGAAUGCAGAUCCAUGUGAAGAUUUUUUUCAAUUUGCCUGUGGUAAUUGGGUAAAAAAACAUAUAAUACCAGAGGAUCGAUCCAGUUUGAGUACAUUUGAAGUGAUGGCCGAUGAUUUACAAAUUAUACUGAAAGAUUUAUUGGAACAAUUGCCAAACAGUGCGGAUAAUAGUGCAACAUUGAAAGCAAAACGUUUCUAUCAAUCCUGUAUGAAUAUACAAAAAAUUAAUCAAAUUGGCGUACAACCAAUAUUGGAUGCAUUACAAGAAGUAGGUGGAUGGCCAGUAUUAGAUCGUAAUUGGAAUGAAAAGGAUUUAACAUUGGAAAAUUUAUUGGGAAAAUUACGUGGUGAUUAUAAUCAACCAAUUAUUGUUGAACAAUAUGUUGGUCCGGAUGAUCGAAACUCAUCAUUAAAUAUAAUACAAUUUGAUCAAACUAGUCUUGGUUUACCGAGUCGUGAAUAUUUUCUAAAAGAACAACCAAACAAAGAAAAAGAUGCCUAUCUAGAAUUAAUGAUUGAUAUUGCCGAAUUACUUGGAGCUGAUCGUGAUUAUGCUACGGAAGAGAUGACAAAAGUUUUAGAAUUCGAAACACAACUUGCCAAUUCAUCAAUGCCUGAAGCUGAUCGUCAUGAUACCAGUGCAAUUUAUAAUAAACGAACUAUAAAACAAUUGAAACAAUUAGUACCGGAAUUUGAUUGGAUGGUUUAUUUGAAAAAUUUUAUGCCCAUAGAUAUUGAUUCAAACGAAGAGGUGGUCAUCUAUUCAUUGGAUUAUUAUCAACAAAUGGGUAAAUUAUUGAAAAGAAUCAUGUCUGAAGAUCGUCGUAUUAUAAUCAAUUAUGCUGUUUGGCGAUUAAUGAAAAGUAUAUUACCAUUUUUGGAUAAUGAAUUCGGUGUGAAACGAGCAAAAUUUCGAAAAAUUUUAUUCGGAAUAUCGGCUGAUCGUACAAGAUGGAGUCAAUGUGUUGAAUUGGUGAAUAAAAAAAUGGGUAUGGCUGUCGGUGCAUUAUUUAUACGUGAUAAUUUUGAUCCAAAAAGUAAAGAGAUUGCCAUUGAAAUGAUACAUAAUAUACGUGAAGCAUUUAAUGAAUUAUUGAAUUUUAAUAAUUGGAUGGAUAAUGAAACAAGACAAGUAGCCAAAGAAAAAGCCGAUGCUAUUAAUGAACGUAUUGGCUAUCCAGAAUUGUUGACUAAUCCAAUACAAUUGUCAAAGGAAUAUAAUUUUCUUGAAAUACAUGAAGAUAAAUUCUUGCAAAAUAUAUUGAAUGUAUUUCGCUUUGAGGCAUAUAAAAAUCUAAUGAAAUUAGGAAUGGCCGUAGAUAAAGAUAGCUGGACUACCGAUCCAGCCGUUGUGAAUGCAUUUUAUAGCCCGAAUAAAAAUGAUAUUGUCUUCCCUGCUGGUAUAUUACAACCAUUAUUUUAUUCACAUUAUUUUCCCAAAUCAUUAAAUUAUGGUGGAAUCGGUGUUGUAAUUGGACAUGAAAUAACGCAUGGUUUCGAUGAUCGUGGUAGACAAUUUGAUAAAAAUGGUAAUAUGAAACAAUGGUGGAAUAAUCGAACAAUCAAACGUUUUCGUGAACGUGCACAAUGUAUUAUUGAUCAAUAUUCAAGCUAUGUAUUGGAAGAUAUUAAUGCUAAUGUUAAUGGCCGUAUGACACAAGGUGAAAAUAUUGCCGAUAAUGGUGGACUGAAACAGGCAUAUCGUGCAUUUAAAAAAUGGGAAAAACGUAAUGGUAUUGAACCAUUAUUACCUGGCCUAAAUCUAACACAUGAUCAGCUUUUUUUCCUAAAUUAUGCUCAGAUCUGGUGUGGAUCAAUGAGACCAGAAGAUGCAUUGAAUAAGAUUCGAUCAUCCGUACAUAGCCCUGGACCUAUUCGUGUACUUGGACCAUUAUCGAAUUCAUAUGAUUUUUCCAAUGCAUAUAGUUGUGAAAUUGGUAACCGAAUGAAUCCGAUUAAAAAAUGUACCGUUUGGUAAAUGGAACCAAAAAACAAAAAACAAGACAUUUAUCAUCAAUUUUUUGUUUGUUUUUAUUAUUAUU